GUGAAGAGAGACAGUUGGUCUCAUCCCCCAGGAAAAAAAAUGUGAUCCUGCCUCUAUCAGUGCAGAAAAGAUUCAGAACAGACAGAGACGUGAGAAGCUGGGGACGUACACACUGUCAGGUUUGCGAAGAGGUAACUAGGCUAAAAAGAAGUGCUCCGGGAAGACAUCACAUUGUAGUGGAAUAAGAAAGAAGGAAAAGGUCAUUUUGUGAUCCAAUCAUAGGCAAGGAUUAGAAUUUCAGGAGUCAACCCAGAAAUCUCAGGGGUGUUGACAAUGAUGCUUGAAGACGAGCAUGAAGGUAAUGGGAGCCUCGUGGGAAAGAGUCAGCAGUAUCUAGGUGAGAAGCAACAAGCAAAUGGGAAACCAGUAACAAAUGGGAAAGACUCUGUAAAACAGGAGGCAAAUGGGAAAUGUGACAUGUCCAGAAAAAUCCUCACGAUGUACAGCUGGCAGGAGAUCCAGAGACACAAUCAGGAGGCUGAUCAGUGGCUGGUGAUCAAUCGCAAGGUCUACGAUGUUACUGACUGGGCCAAGAGGCAUCCAGGUGGGCACCAGGUCCUAAACCACUAUGCUGGUGAAGAUGCCACGGAUGUCUUCAGAGCCAUGCACCUGAAGCUUGACAUUGUAAAACUGUACCUUGAGCCACUGCUUAUCGGAGAGCUUUCCCCAGAAGAGCCCAGCCAGGAAAGAAACAAAAAUCCCCAGUUGGUGGAAGAUUUCCAAGAACUGCGAAGAACAUUGGAGGCCAUGAACAUGUUCAAGACCAACUGGGUGUUCUUCUUCCUUCACCUAGCCCAGAUCUUGAUUUUGGAGACCCUGGCUUGGCUAAUGGUGUGGCAUUUUGGCAAUGGCUGGCUUAUGACAAUAUUCAUUUCCUUCCUUCUCUUAAUUUCCCAGAUGCAGAGUUUUUUCCUGCAGCAUGAUUCAGGACACCUUUCCAUGUUUACAAACUCCAAGUGGAACCACCUGAUGCAGAAAUUUCUGAUGAGUCAUCUCAAGGGCCUCUCAGCAAAAUGGUGGAAUAACCAACACUUCCAACAUCAUGUAAAAACAAACAUCUACCCCAAAGACCCAGAUAUUGAUGUGGGCCCACUUUUCCUGGUUGGAGAUUUACAACCUGUCAAGUAUGGCAAGAAGAAAAUCAAAUUCAUUGACUAUGAAAAGCAGCACCUGUAUUUCUACAUGGUUGGGAUCCCCCUCUUCGUGCCUCUGUAUUUCAACAUAAAAUCCAUACAAUUGAUGUACUUCCAAAGGUGUUGGGAAGACAUUGCCUGGAUCAGCAGCUUUUACAUCCGCCAUUUCAUUAUGUUAGGCCCUUUCUAUGGAAUCUUCGGAACCAUACUGCUCAUAUAUGGGGUCAAGUUUCUUGAAAGUGCCUGGAUGACAUAUGUUACCCAAAUGAGCCAUAUACCAAUGAAAAUGAGCAGAGAGGAGAACCGGGAAUGGUUCAGCACCCAGGUCUUGGCCACCUGUAAUACUGAACAGUCCUUUUUCAAUGACUGGUUCACUGGGCACCUGAACUUCCAAAUCGAACACCAUCUGUUUCCCACAAUGCCACGCCAUAAUUAUCACAAGGUGGCACCCCUGGUGAGGUCACUGUGUGCCAAACACGGAUUGCCAUAUGUGAGUAAGCCCAUGCUGGAAGCAUUUGGAGAUAUUGUCAGGGCAUUGAAGAAAUCUGCAGCCCUCUGGAGGGAUGCUUACUACGAAACAUGAAGAAGAGCAUCAGCCUUAAUACACAUGUAGGGGCAUCUCUGAAGGAGGUUAAUGAAUGUACAAGAGAUCUUUCCUGCUUACCUGCUGGUGCCUCUGGCAUAACUGAGGGUGCCAGGAGAGUGAAUUCCAAGGAUACAUGAUAACCCCUUCCCUGAAGAUUUUCUCUGCAAAUGCAAAGCAAUGGAAACACAAGGUGGUUAAGGUGACAAAAGGGAAAUGGGAGUCAAAUUCUUUUAUUUCUUCAAUAGAAUCUUGAACUUGGUCCUACCAAUUGGAUCGUCUCCAUCAUUGGGGCAUAAGCACAAGAACCAGAGAAAAUUUUACUGAUGAGGUGGGUAUAGGAAGAAAUGGGCCAAAGGAGAGACCUCUGAUGGGCACUUCAGGAAACACUUCAGUUGUUCCUAGAAGAGAAUGGUGUAUUUAGGAAAUU